UGGCUGAGCCAUCACACAUUGUGUGAUUCGUUGGCUGGUGUUGUGCGUGUGUUGAUCAUGAAUGGUAUUGGUGCAACCAGGACGACUGGGCUCAUACAUAUGUCCGUAGAACGGUGGUUAUGGUCGCUCAAGUUGACAAGUGGAGGUUUGUAAGACGAGAAAGAACGGGACUCAAACAACAGAUUGGUUCCCUCUAUCUCGACAGCAAUAGUUGAGUAAUCUGAAAAAAGUGAAGCUACCCAAGAACUCGACAUUGAUCCCUCCGGAGAUCGAGGUGUAUGGAGGAAAAGUUUUGUUCGAAAACAGAAUUAGACAAGUGAAGAGAGAGGAAAACUUUGGAUGGACAGUCCAGCCCAUUCCUCCUUCGUGUGUCUGUCUAUCUGUGUGUCUGUCGGUCUACCUUCUCAGUUAUGGAACAGAGUUCAAAGGCCAAUUACGACGGAUUUCGGGCUCAGAAUGAGAUCGAACGGAAGGCCAUUUGCUUCUUGAGAGCCUGCUGGAAAAGUUGACCGUUAUUCCCAUGGAAAAGAUCCCUCCUCCCCAUCCGUAGUAUUAAAUGAGGCCUUUCCAAAGUUUCGUUCCCCCAAGGCCGACUCAAUCUUUGACAAGUCAUCUUGGUACUCUUUUCCUUGAAUUUCCAUUCCGUCUCUCAGAGCGAAGAGAUGAACUGGAUUUCUUGGACUUGGGAAGUCGCGGAAGACGGAUGAUGGUUGGAUCUGUUCCCUCCUUUGUUGGCGACAUGGACUGACGAGUGGAUAAGGAUUUCAAUUGAAUCGCAACAAUGAGUGAUGAAUGAGCUUGCUUUCAGUUCCAAAGACCAGCCCAGAGCUUUCCCUCGCCCAUGAAUACAAUGAUGGCACUUCCACGCCGAAUCCAGAAGUAUUUCCUACCCAUUCUGAGUGCAUUUGUUGUUGUCAACUUCUUGUCUUUCUUCAUCUACUACUCGCCGACACCCGUGACCUAUUCCUUGGCUCCUGCCUACAAACAACAGGACUUACAAAACAAAAUUAUAGACAAAAAUGUCGAAGGCCAUGUCGAGAAGCACGACAGGUCUUAUCCGGCAGCGCCACUUUUAGUUCCAAACACAAACUCGGAUUCGACGAUCUUAAAUGAGACGAUCGAUCUGAGUAACGUAUACCCACAGGAGCAAGAAGACGUCGUGUUUUCACUCAUGGAUAAUCCUUGGAUUCAUACCAACGAUGGAAGCGCCCUCUCAAAAUAUCCUCACACCACCUCGGAGCUUCGAGGUUGUCCCUUUCGAAAGUUUCAGAAUUCAGGAGUCUUGGGUAUGUUGAGUUUCGUCACCCACGAGUAUACUCGCUACCAAUUGUGUCAAAAGUCCAAGGAGGACUGGCUUCAAUCAAAUAUCCUUCCGGGCACCGGGGAUCGAGGGGAGCUUUUGUUAAAAACCAAUUUCGUCUUCGACAUCCGUCCCACUGGUCACUUCUGCCCUAAUUCAUUUUCUGCCGAAAGCGAGACGCCAGACACACGGAUCCUUUUCAUAGUGCUUUCAAGAACAAAUCGAUUCAGCCAACGGAACUCCAUUCGCCAAACUUGGGGAAGUGUGAGUCAACUUCGAGCCCAGGGAUACCGAUUGGUCUUUCUGGUUGGCACUCACACCUCAGACUGGGGAUCAGGCCGGGGACAAGACGGCGAGAGCAUCCUCCUUGACAGCAAGAUUAGGGAUGAAUCCCGACUUCACAGGGAUAUUGUCCGAACACAAGCCAAGGAGGUUGGGUCCAAUUUCGCACUUGAGCAAUACGUUCUCGGCCUAGCUUGGGCCCACAGGGAUUGCACGUUAGCCCGUUACGUGACUUUUGUAUCCGACCAAACCUUUGUCAACCUCCAGAAGUUUGAUUUUCUUAUGACACAAGAACAUCAUUCGGCCCACAGACUCUACGGUACCCUCAUGAAGGAUAUGAAACCGGAUCGAAAUCCCAACGGAAAGCACCAUAUCAGUGAAGAGAGCUGGCCAUGGAACGGCUACCCAGGCUUCCUCGACGGUCCGUCUUUGAUUCUUUCGGGGGACGUCAUGCCUCGGCUCCUCACUGCGGUGAAAUAUACGCCAAUUCUAGCCUUGGAAAAUGUUUACCUAACCGGUGUCGCGGCCUUGGCCGCCAGUGUGAUGCGCAUUGGAAUCCGCGAUUUUUUCGUCGAUUCCGUUCCAAACGACGAGGAUGAGUGCUCCUUUGCCAAACAUGGCGGGAUUAAUAACGUCCAAACACCGGAGGUCAUGGCACAUAUUUGGAAAGACGUCAAGUACGUGCUCUACGAGAAGAACGUUUCUUGUGUUAUUAAGGCUCCUUGCUUAGCAGAAAUGAACGGCAAGUGCUUGAUUUCAGCUCCCGACCAUAAAACGAGGCGUGGGCAAGAGAAACAAUAGAUAAUAUAUCUGUGCCAAGGUGACGACCAAGUUUGAACUUAAUUCAUCCAUGAUCGGAGCCAUAAUUUCCUGUUUGGCAGGAGGCAAAAGUUUUGUUAUUUACGACCAUUAAGGUUUACCUCGUGGGACAGGUUGAUAAGCCCGCAUUACGAAUGAUUUCACCAUCGUGGGUAGACAUAAUUUGUAAUUUGACUUCAUGGUGAAACGUCCUCAUGCAUCUAAUGAGAUUCGGGUUGAUUAUUUUUGUUUAUCGUAAGAAUAUAUAGGAAAAUUUAUGAA